AUGCCGAGAUUGUGCAGCACUUGUUCGGGCGUCCUGCUGCUGGCCUUGCUGCUUCAGGCCUCCAUGGAAGUGCAUGGUUGGUGCCUGGAGGGCAGCCAGUGUCAGGACCUCACCACGGAAAGUAACCUGCUGGCGUGCAUCCGGGCCUGCAAGCCCGACCUCUCGGCCGAGACACCCGUGUUCCCCGGCAAUGGCGACGAGCAGCCGCUGACUGAGAACCCCCGGAAGUACGUCAUGAGCCACUUCCGCUGGGAUCAAUUUGGCCGCCGGAACGGCAGCAGCAGCGGCGGCGGCGCGGCUCAGAAGCGCGAGGAGGAGGAGGGGGCGGGGGGCGAAGGCCCGGGGCCCCGCGGCGAUGGCCCGGAGCUGGGGCCGCGCGAGGACAAGCGCUCCUACUCCAUGGAGCACUUCCGCUGGGGCAAGCCGGUGGGCAAGAAGCGGCGCCCCGUGAAGGUGUACCCCAACGGCGCCGAGGACGAGUCGGCCGAGGCCUUCCCCCUUGAGUUCAAAAGGGAGCUGGCCGGCGAGCGGCCCGAGCCGGCGCGUGGCCCCGAGGCCCUGGCCGAGGCCGCGGCCGCCCGGGCCGAGCUGGAGUAUGGCCUGGUGGCGGAGGCCGAGGCGGCCGAGAAGAAGGACGAGGGGCCGUAUGAGAUGGAGCACUUCCGCUGGGGCAGCCCGCCCAAGGACAAGCGCUACGGCGGCUUCAUGACCUCCGAGAAGAGCCAGACGCCCCUGAUCACGCUGUUCAAAAACGCCAUCAUCAAGAACGCCCACAAGAAGGGCCAGUGAGGGCGCAGUGGGCAGGGCUUCUCUCCCUGGGAAGUCGACCCC